UUUCAUCGUUGGCCUUCAUUAUGCAUCAUGCAAAAAGCCCAGGAUAUGUUCUCACAUAGAUGCAAUACUCUUCCAGGAAGACGGGUAAUCGAUUCGACUACCCCGUACUCCGUACUGGGUUGAAAGUGAUGGAUAUCGCUCACUCACCCACCCGGCUACGCUCCAGACCACAGUGGGUACUUGAUAGGCAGCAAUGCGGUUCCGGGGCAAAUCUACUAUCUUUAGUCCUGGUGUGGGCAGUGCACGGUGCAGUUUACUGCAUUGCGAUACUCGGACUUGGGUUCUCAUCUUUGCAGAAGCUGCGGUCUUCCGUCGUAUCUGAUAUCGGUUGUAUACGGGACCCGGUUGUCCCCUCCCUGCCCUGGCAGAUUCCUUCGGGGUUAGUCAGGGGUUUACAUCUUAGUUCGAUAGCACAAUGAGAGAGAUAAGCAUGAGAAUAUGGGACGAAAAAGGGAUUAAGUGUGACAAGG